UUUCUGUGGGGAACACUAAUACUGUGACACCCGCUGCUGUUUACCUUCACUAGCUUGUGAUUUUUCUCAGCUAAUCAUGUUAAAUGGAGUUUCAGGAGAAAAUACCUGUGCCGAUAUUUACAGAAGUAGACAGAGAUGUUUUUCUGCGAGAUAUUUAUCCACAGCGAAGGCCAGCCGUGCUGAGAGGUGUGUGUCUCGGACCGUGCCUGGAAAAGUGGACAGUGGAGUAUCUUGGACAAAAAGGAGGAAACAAGGAGGUGAAAAUUCACGUAUCCACUGUGCCACAGAUGAACUUCCUUCACAAAAACUUUGUGUACAAGACUCUGCCAUUCAAUGAGUUUGUGAAAAGGGCAUCUGAGAAAAAACACUCUGACUUCUUCCUGUGUGAGGAUGAGAGUUAUUAUCUUCGAUCGCUGGGCGAGGACGUCCGAAAGGAACCUGCUGAUCUGAGUAAACAGUUCCCAGACUUGGCGGAGGAUUUUCAUACCCCACACUUCUUUGACCCCGAUCAGUUUUUCUCCAGUGUCUUCCGCAUCAGCUCCUGUGGUCUGCAGCUGUGGACGCAUUACGAUGUGAUGGAUAACCUGCUGGCUCAGGUGACAGGGAUGAAGAGGGUGGUUCUUUACAGCCCGCAGGAUGCACUGCACCUUUAUCUGUCAGGUGAUAAAUCAGAGGUCCUGGACAUCGACUCCCCAGACUUGAAACUGUUUCCUGAGUUUGUGAAGGCAAAGAGAUACGAGUGUGUGCUGGAGCCUGGAGAUCUGCUUUUUAUCCCUGCUCUGUGGUUCCAUAACACCCUGGCGCUGCAGUUUGGUGUGGGUGUCAACGUGUUCUGGUGCCAUCUACCUGCAGACAGCUACGAUAAAAAGGACCCGUACGGUAAUAAAGACCCCGUGGCUGCAACUCGAGCCCUUCAGGCACUGGAGAGAGCGCUGCACACUCUGGAUGAACUUCCACCUGAUUAUAGGGACUUCUACGGUCGCCGUAUGAUUCAACGUAUCCAAAAGCGGACGUACUGUGACAGUUUGUUAAACACAAAUACACAAGAGGACUUGAACAGCACAUUACCCAGCAGUCCUACCUCCAAACCUGGAUGAGAGUCCAGAGAACUGUGAUGUAAAUCAUAAAACACCUCUAAUGAAUUUGAGUUUUGCUUUGUUUUGUUCAUUUUGACUUCCUGCUGAAAAAGUCUUUAUUAUACUUGUUAAUACAUUUCAUAAAGAUUAAAAUAACA